GCUCAACGCCAAGGUGCUCCAGUCGAUCGACCUCUCGUUCAAUGGCUUUGCCAGCGGCCUCGUCGAGGUUUUUGAUAACUACCCAGAGCUGCCGUCGCUGACGAAACUCAAUCUCUCGAGCAACGCCAUCAAUGACACGGCCGCUGACCAUGUGAGUAAGCUCGUGCUGCGCUGCCCCAAGCUCGCGUCUAUCGAUCUCUCACUCAACCGACUCGGGAAGGGCUGUGCACGCGCACUUGUCCAAGCCAAGCUGCUCGUCUCGCUCGACCUCUCUUCGAGCCACUUGUCGGACGCAGGCUGCGACGUUCUCUGCCAAAGCCUCCUCGUGCGCAAGUCGAGCCUCCAGAUUCUCUCACUCGCCAUGAACCAGCUCACCGACAGCAGCGCGCUCGCGUUGGCCAACGUGCUCGUCAACGAUGCGACGUGUGCGCUUCGGACGCUGAUUCUAUCGGGCAAUCUCAUCCAAGACCACGGCGCCAGUGCAAUCGCCUUCUCGAUGGACCGCAAUGCGUGCAUUCAAGAACUAUUCCUUGACGCCAAUCAGAUUGGCAACGACGGCCUAACAUCCUUUCUCAACAUUCUUCGAUCGAGCCCGACGCGGACGUAUGCAGCGCUGUGCCUCGAUGGCAACCCCGCCGACGCGGCCCUCUUGCGCGACGUGGACCACCAGCGCCAAGCCAGCAUGCUACUAUCGCAGCUCCCGAAGGACCUCGGCGUGCGCGACCGCCUCGAGCUCAGCGGCCCCAUCGUCUCGACGUAUCUUGGCUCGGACAUCUGUGACCACAUGUGCCAGGCCUGCGUGGACAUUCUGCGCAGCUACCGGCAUCUGGUGCACGUCGACUUGAGUAGAAAUGCGAUUGGCAAUCACGGCGCAUACGACAUUGCUCUGUACGUGGCAAUGAACCCAAAACUCACGACACUCAACCUUGGUUUCAACAAGAUCGAAGAUGCGGGCGCGGUCGGACUCGCGCAAGCGCUGCUCGUUAAUAGCACGCUGACGAGUCUCCAGAUCGAGUCCAACCUGCUCGGGGACGCUGGUGUGCGAAGCCUUUACGUGGCUUCGUUUGACAAUAAGCGCAGUGCGUUGACCUCGAUUUGCGUCGACGCCAACAUGCACGGUAUUGAGGGCAACCGGACGAUCACGGCGAUUGCCGACGCCAAGAAGAUCGCGCUUUCAUUGGCCGAAGCGACGCCACUCGUGCUCGAUCUCUCUGGCCACUAUCUGCAGCGGUUUGGCGCCAACGUGGUGUGUGAUACCCUUCGCAGUCACUGCCAAGUGCUCAACUUGUGCCGAAACGCGCUCGGCGACGACGGCGCCGCCGCAAUCGCGACGCUCCUCCUUCGGCAAACGGCGCUCACCAAGACGCUCGUCGCACUCAAUUUACGCGCGGCGUACGGUGACGCGGCGUCGUGGCGUGACGCGCACAUAUCCGAGGCGGGCAUGCUCGCGCUCAGUCGCGCGCUAAGCGAGAACGUCGGUCUCCAGGUCGUCGACCUCCGCGACCACUGCGCCAACAAGCACGUCGUCGCGUCGUGGGUGCAAAUGCUGCAGAAGAACGCAACGCUCACGAAACUCAAUGGUCUGACGCCGACGGUCUUUCUGUCGCGCUACCACAUUUAAGCACCGAGUCCAGUCAAGAGCACACACGAGUACGUCAAGACAAGGAAAUAAAAUGUUGG